AUGUGCAUAUCCGGCAUGGGUGAUAAAUUUGCGGUUAUUAAUGAUGUCCCGUCCGAUGAAGACAAUAUGAUGGAUGCUGUCGAGGAAUCUGGAACCAAACUUUCCAGGAAACGGUCCCGAAAAGUCGCUGAAGACACUGAUGCUGAUGUUGCAUGUCCUUCAUCGCCCUCCGCCAAGAAACCCAAGAGGCGUCGCUCGGAACACUAA